GAAUGUCCCUUAUCUGGUCCACAAUCUACAUAAUUAAUUAACUCAAGUUGCGACAAAAACUGUGUUGAGAUAGCUAGCUGUCUCAAAAGCUAGCUAGAGCUAUUGUAUCUCUACAGUAUAGUACUACACCAAGCAAGCGCCCUAAUCACUGUGUAGAGAGUUGGACCAUCCUAAGAUGAUUGAGAUCUAAGGAAGUUUUGAUAGCUUGUCAUUAAGAAGUAUUGUCAAGAGAACAGUCGAUUCAUAAUAGAAGAACUCCCCAUGGAGCCUGUAUCAGUAGUGCGAGGUUACAGUAUGGGCAGUGGAGCCUCAAAGACGGUGGAUGGCUCCGGUAAGAAGAGCUCCAGUCGUUCAAGGAAGUCAGGGCCAGCCUAUUACAACCCUGCUACCUUCACCAUUACAGCCUACUUACCCUAUGAUGGUGGAAAGCGUUUAAAGCUCCAGUGCACCCCCGGACAGACGGUUCAGCAGGUGAUUGAGACAGGGAUCCCAGAGUUCAGCAGUACAUCAUACCAAGUGUACCAGUUCCCCUCCAGAGCUCUACUCAACCCUGAGAAAGAUGCCAGCGUGCUACAAGACCAGGAGAUCUCUAUAGAGCCAAUGAGGUCAUCCAGUCCAGAAGAUAUCGGCGAUGAUAGGCUGUCCAUCGCACGAGAGCUGCUCAAAACAGAAGACACAUAUCUUGAAAACCUGAGAAACAUUUUCGACGUCUAUAUGGAGCCACUUAAGAAAUGGGGCCUACCACAGUCUGAGAUGAACACAAUGUUCCGGUCCUUGAGUCGCCUCUGUGACCUCCUCAUGAACUUCUUCUCAGAGUUGGAGAUAGCAGUUCAACGGUGGAGUGCAAACACCACCAAAAUAGGAGGCCUGUUCAAACAAUAUCGCUCGUUUUGGGACAUGUACAAGGAGUUCAGCAACAGCUACACUGUCGCCUGCAAACUACUCAAGGACAAGCGGCAGAUGGAUGAUUCAUUCAACAGCUUCCUAGAGCUCAGGAGAGGAGCAGCCAUGCACACACUGGAGUCCCUCAUGCUCCUACCAGUGCAACGUAUCUACGAGUAUCACAAACUACUAGUGCAGCUCUUCAAGAUUACUCCCAAAGAGCAUCCCGACUAUUCUGAUCUCAGAUACGCCGUCACCUGUGUCAUAUCGGUGGUCCAAGAGAGAGAGCAACAACUCGUACGGAGUCAGAACAAGAGCAACCUCCAACAAGUCCAAUCUCGGUUCCCAAACGACAAUCUAAAACUGCUGGAAAGAGAAGGACUGGAACGAAGAUCAAAGAGCAUUAACUACCCUCGGCUCACGUCCCAUUCUACCCCCAAGUCCCGAGGCUCUGAGGUGAUACUGGAGAGUGUGGAUGGUCCCUCUACAGUGCGCCUGUACCUCACAGAGGGCCCAGUCAGAAUCAUCUCAGGCAUGCAUACUCACGAGAGAUUCUUCUUCCUAUUUGAUGAUCUGCUGAUAAUUGCCAAGCCGAUACGCAAACAAAAGUCGCAACACAAGACAUACAAACGUAAGGAGCAGCUUCGCCUCUCAGACAUGUGGGUUACGGACUGUAUUUCCGAGGUGAUGGAGAGCACCCUCCCCGCGGACACAGCCUUUGUGAUUGGCUGGCCCAUGACCAAUUGUAUGGCUGCCUUCAGCACACCCGAGGAGAAGAUCCUGUGGUACAACCAGCUCUCAAAGAACAUAGCUUCUCAGAGGAACACUGUUAAACCAGACAGCAUCUCAGUGCAGAUUGUCAACCUCACCAAGUCGUCUAACCCCAUCCCUGUGUGGGUGGAGGUGGCAGCUGGAGACACUGCCGGCACUGUCCUCCUCAAGGCACUGGACCUCUUUGCCAUUGCUGUUGCCAGUAGCAACUGUCAGCUCUGGGUAAAAUUCUCCAAGGAUGAUGCUGCUCUUCCACUCAUUGGACAUGAGCAUCCAUUUGCCAUCCAGAUGUGCCACAAUCGACAACAGAUGGACUACAUGGGCGAUGCCAAACCCAUUCAGCUGCAAUUUGUUAUCAAGAGGAAAAGUGCCAUCUCCAAUGGCCCUUCGCAAGGCUUGAAGAAGCAAAAGUUCAGUCUACGUCAGCUCAUCAAGAAGGGGAAGCGAACACCUGGACCACCAAAGAAGAAGAUGUUUAAAGUUCCUCUUGAAACCAUCAUCGUCAACAACCAGAUGCCCGAGAUCCUCCAGGAAAUGCUGAUUCGGCUCUAUACGGAGGCCCCCCAAACGCUGGGCAUCUUCCGUCAGUCUGCCAACUACAGGAAGGUCAAGGACAUCAAGGAAGCCCUCGAUAAUGGUGAGCGCGUGGACCUGACGAAUGUGUCAAUACACGUGAUUGGAGCAUUGCUCAAGGAGUUGUUACGCAGUGUGCCCGGGGGCGUUCUCAUGUCCACACGCUAUACUGAGUUUGUGGCGACCAAUGACGUCAAAGAUGUUACCACAAGAGUCCACCAUUUGAAAAAAGUGAUCGGUAAGCUACCUGAGGAACACCAGCUAUUCCUACAUUACUUGUUCGCUCUACUCCACCACAUUGCAAACAACGAGGAAGUCAAUUGCAUGAACACUAUCAACCUGGCCAUCUGUUUCGCCCCCUCCAUCUUAUGGCCUGACUCGGGACUAGAUGUCAUCAAGAAUGAAGUGCCCCCUCUCGUCCAGUUUAUAGUCGAGCACUCCCCCAAGAUCUUCGGUGCUGAGUUGCCAGAGUUGUACAAGCAAGUGGCUAUGCCUGGCAGCCCUGGUGUGGAAGCAAUGGAGUUUGAGUACGAAGAUUCACCAAAUUCAUCAUCGCUAGUGCCAACUAAAAUUGGAGAUGGAAGUCAAAGUAGUCACCAGAGAUCUGGUAGCGUUGAUUCUUCCCUGAGUGAGGACUCUCUCUAUAAUAAGAACAGUUUGUUACGAUCCAAAAGAAACGGACUUACAUUUAGCGAUUCACAGCUAUCUACCAUAUCACAGCACGACUACAACCCUCCUCAACGAACUGGCAGCAAGUCCCGUUACACAUCCUCCAGUCACGCUCAACCCCUGGGGGCACCUAUGAACAAACGAGUGAAGAAAGUCCGUGAACCCAAGCGCUCCAGCUCCCUUCAAGGUCCUAGUGAUAUGAGUCCAAAUUCACGAAGAUUCUAUGAUCGCAGACAAUUCGAAGCUAGAAGACGAUCACUUGCUAUACAGGACUUACCCAUGAUAAAGAAGCAGGAAUACAUUCCCGGUGUGCAGACUAUCCUAGAUUCUGAAUCCCAAAGCUCAUCCGACUAUAACUCCUCCCACUUACAGUCUAGAGCACCUCAUGGCUCGUAUAUCUAUUCCGACAGACACUUAGCCCAUCAGCACCGACAUGAUGGACACCGUCACUCAUCACAGAAGAAGAGACGUUUGCCACAACACUCAAACUCAUUCUCUAAAGGAUCUGAAAACAAACCAGUCAAACCGAUGGCCAGCUCUACCUCUUGGUACGAUCGAUUACUACCUCUUGAGCCAGACACUAAAAUGAAGAGCCGAUCUAUGGGCACAGCGCUAGGUAACAGACUCCCUCUGUCAGAUGAGAGCAGGGACGGGGACAAUGAUCAGAGAAUGAGAGUUGGCAGUGGUCCCAUAUUCGAGGAUCGGGCCAAAAAGAUGUACGAAAGUCACUCCCCACGAUUCCAAAUCGCCCCUCACCCACAAUCAGUGUCGAGUAGUCGCUCUGGUAGCAGUACUAGCACUGUAAUGUAUCAUCAAAGACAGCCACCUCCAAGCGCCAUCUCUCCAGCCUCUGGUGGCAGUCAAGGGACAGCAGAUACAGUCGCUCCGUCAGAAUCAUCUUCGUACGGUGGUAAAUUGGACAAGGAAUAUUUGAAGGUGGCUAUCAGCAAACGAUUUGAUAUUAGUGGCUCACAAGACUCCACCCCACCCUCCCACAAAGUUCCCUCCACCUCCCUCAGCUCGUACUAUACACCUAUCUCUGAACAAGAGGUCCCUAAUACCAGUACUGCAGAUGAACAAUCGAAACCAGUUGAGAGGAAACGAGCUAACAGCACUGCAAGCAUCGUGUCAGAGGGAAGCUUCAUUAAGAGCCCCUCCUAUCAAUUUUUCCUUUCUUCACAGCAGAAGAAAGAUAGCAGCCUGAUGAGUCUCACACAAGCAAGCCUCGAUGAUCGACCAGAGAGUGAUCAACACCUACACAGUUUACCACGCCCACACACGGCCGAAAUUGUACGUCCUGAAAAACAGAUGGCCUCCACUAUUUUGUAUCCACCCAUGGGCACUGUACCGCAAGUGCUGCAAGUUGGACCAGUACUAGAGACAGCACCUUAUCAAGAUCCAGGCAAAUUGUUCCCAAGCAGUGGAUAUAGCUCAGACACCGAGUCUUCCCCAAGCCGAACGUUAAAUAGACCUGAUAGAAAGAUCCUCGAAGUAACGUCACCAGGAGCUAGUAUGCCCAAGAGAUACGGCAGAAUAGGGUAUCACCAUCAUGGCAAACUGUUGAUGAAAGCACACACUAUUGAUGACCCUUCCACUGCCCCCAUGCAAGUGGACAUGCCGCAAGCCAAAGAACCACAACAUGUAACGACCACCACUGCGUCAGUAACUACCAAAGAAGAGUCUUUAUCGUCUGAACAUGGUAAACAAGAGCAAGCCCCACCCACUGACACACAACCUAAGAAACUAAGGCCUAAAUCUGGUGAUGGCUCGAAAAUUGGACAACUUGUGAAGACCUUCAGCAGGCCUGCCAUUGAGGCCAACAAUGAGACAGCUAAAGUACGGAUGGGCCUCAUCCCUCCGAUGAGGCAGCGUUCCAAAAGCACCUCUGAGAAGGAGGCAAUGAGAAUCAUACACCAAAUUAUUGAGGAGGACGAAAGUGCCGCCAGAACGGCCGAAGAGGAAGAACGAGCUGAGAAGCACAAAGCUUGGGCUAGUUCCGCCCCUACCACUGCCGAUCGUAAGAAGGCCUGGGAGUCACUGUCACAUGACAAGUUCAAGCGAGCAGAGCUACGAUCACGCUCACUGAAGCAUGAAGGCAUAGCUGUAGUUGAGAAGGCUCCUCCUAAACCCUCCAUGACCCCAGAAAUGAAGAGACGCAGCGCUACAAUGCCAGAGUACCUUGUAACUGGACCCAGGAGGGUUCGCGGUGGAGCAGAGGAUCAAAUAAGAACUUACAAAGUCGUGUUAUUCGACAGCCCCAAGCCUGAGAGAAUCAGACGCAUCAAUCUGAGAACAUUCCAUUGAGACAACUGACUGUUUGUGUAUUUGUUUGUAUUUGCUCGCAAUUGUGUGUUGUAGCAUUUUCUGAUCCCACCAUGCUGUUUCUAGUACAAUGAUGUAUAUAUUAUACUGUCAAUAUUUUGAAUUGCACAUCAUUAUUACAGUCAAUGUG